AUUACGUCGCCAUACUAUUGUGCUCAAAGAACGAGGAACUUUCGCUGCGUAGUUCAAAACUUCGAAAUGGUGUUCUUUGAAACUUGUGGGCCAAAUGAGGCCAUGGUUGUUUCAGGGGUUUGUCACCGUAAAUCAGCAUUGGUUUCUGGUGGUCGAAUAUUCGUGUGGCCCUUUAUUCAAAAGCUGCAAAAGAUCUCUCUCAACACAAUGACAUUGAAUGUGGAAUCCCCACGUGUUUACACAAGGCAUGGAGUGCCAAUUUCAGUGACAGGAAUAGCUCAAGUAAAGAUUCAAGGCCAAAAUCAGGAAAUGUUAUAUGCAGCCUGUCAGCAGUUUUUGGGAAAAACUCAAGAACAAGUGCGUGCUGUUGCCUUGGAAACACUGGAAGGUCAUCAAAGAGCUAUCAUGGGUACCAUGACAGUGGAGGAAAUCUAUAAAGAUCGAAAGAAGUUCUCAAAAAGUGUGUUUGAGGUGGCAUCCUCUGAUUUGGUCAACAUGGGAGUCAGUGUUGUAAGCUACACCAUAAAGGACAUUCGAGAUGAUGAAGGAUAUCUGCUUGCCCUUGGUAUGGCUAGGACUGCACAAGUUAAGAGAGAUGCCAGAAUUGGUGAGGCUGAAGCUAAGAGAGAUUCUGGAAUUAAGGAAGCUCUGGCAGAGGAGGCAAGGCAGAGGGCCAAAUAUGAGAAUGAUACAGAGAUUGCUAAAGCCAAGAGAGAUUAUGAGUUAAAGAAGGCUGCAUAUGAUAUUGAAGUUCAAACCAAAAAAGCAGAGUCUGAGUUGGCAUAUGACCUCCAGGCUUCCAUAACAAAACAGAAAAUCAAGGAAGAAGAAAUGCAGAUCAGAGUUGUGGAGAGAGCACAGCAGAUCAAUGUUCAAGAGCAGGAAAUUGCACGGAAGGACCGUGAACUUGAAGCUACCAUCAAACGGCCAGCUGAAGCAGACAAGUAUAAAAUGGAGAAGCUUGCUGAGGCCAACCGAAAUCGUGUGAUACUGGAAGCUGAGGCCAGUGCAGAAGCAAUAAGGGUGAAAGGUGAAGCUGAAGCUUUUGCCAUUGAAGCAAAAGCUAAAGCAGAAGCUGAACAGAUGGCCAAGAAAGCAGAUGCUUGGAAAGAGUACAGAGAAGCUGCUGUUGUUGAUAUGGUUCUGGCAACCAUGCCAAAGAUUGCAGCUGAAGUGGCAGCACCUCUCGCUCAGUGUAAGAAGAUUGUCAUGGUAUCUAAUGGAAAGUGUGAACUUGGUGCCAGUAAAAUCACUGGUGAAAUCCUAGAUAUUGUUGCCAAUCUGCCAAAAUCUGUGGAGGCACUAACUGGUAUUGAUAUCAGCAAGGCAAUGAAGCUGACUAAUAGGGUGUAAUCAUGAAGGUGGCUCACCCUCUUCCACCUUCAAAAUGAUUUAUUGCAAAUAAUACAUAAAGCUGUUGCUUGUUGUUAGUUGUAGCCCCAAGGUUUAUCUGGUGCUAACUAUAGACAGAUUGUAUAUGACCAAAGUGUAACUGUGAAAAAGUCUUUGUUGCUAUAUAGUGUGUUAGGUCACGGUGGACGAGAUUGCCUUCUAGUUAGGGUUCAGUUCUUGUAAUGUUUAUCAGAUGCUGUUUUUCAUGUGAACACAAGAAAGUUUUGUUCUCGCCUUAUUAAAAAAAUUGAAUUUGUACUUGCAUAUAUAUACAUACAAGAGGCCAUGUUGGUCAUAUUCAAAUUUGAGUUGUAGUUUUUUUCUUUUUUAACAUCAAGGGUGUAUAACCUUUGAAGAGGAGCACAGCUGCAAUCAUCUGUGUCUAAGAGUCUAAAGCCUUGCCUUUGUUCACUAGUGCUGUUCUUCUUUUAAGGAAUUUGACUUUUAGUCGAAACCUUAAAGUUAUUGAAUUUCGUUUUUCUCAGAGAAAGGAGGGUUUUCACUGAAUGAACAAGGCUGGAAAGUAAUGCCCUGAUUGCUUUCUGAUUUGGUCAUCUUUGGGAAGUCGUCAGAAGAAUUUUUGUUGGUAUAUUAAUGUCUUGUUAUUCUUUUGUUGUGAUGGAACUUGGCAUUCAUGUCCAGAGGGAGACAUGCAGUCUUAACAGUAACUUCAUGUACUAAGGUAGAGUGUUGUGUAGUAAUACAAACUGUUGUGUCAGUGUAUGCUAAAUGUGCGGCCUGUCUUGUUAUUAAAUAAAACUGAAAGCUCCCCAAGACAA